GUACUUUUGAGUGACAGCCUCGCCCAAUCAAGCCACCGUGCAGCCAAUCAGCUCGCCCUUAUGCAAAGGUCCUCUCUGCAGCGCAUCGUCCCUGCCCAGGCGGUGACGUCACCCCCACAUCACUCUGUCUGGGUCUGCAAGGAGUCAGACAGAAGUAAGAAAAAGCCUGAGGGGAGCCAGCCGGGGAGGGGCCUUUUGUCUGAAAGGACACCAUCACCGCUUCAGCAGAGAGCUCGGAGGAAUAAACACGCCUUUUCUUCUUCUUCUUCGCAGUCUUCCUGUGCAACAGAGUCGGGACACCAAGGAGGAUACCUUUUUUUAAGGCUCCUGUUUGCUGUUUUUUCCCCCACUGGUUUCUAGUUGUCAUUGAAGACAACCCGCCCCCACCCCUUUCUUUUUUCCUCCCGAUUCCUCUUUCUUACCCUCCUUCCUAAAGCCUUUACCCAAUAGGCCUGUAGGAACGCUGCAGAGAUGCCCAGCUCUCUCUUCGCGGACAAUAGCGUCCAGGGAGAUGCACUGGAUGAUCAGAGAGCCCUGCAGAUCGCCCUGGAUCAGCUGUCUCUACUCGACUUGGACAACGAGGAGCACCUCCUUUUCGACAGCAACCAGGAGCCCAAGAAAAAGAGCGUCAACAUGACCGAAUGCGUCCCGGUCCCCAGCUCGGAGCAUGUGGCCGAGAUUGUGGGCAGGCAGGGUGUGUGUGUGUUUUACUAUUUCUUGACAGUUUAGCCGCAUUCAUGUCACGCGGGUGGGCAGUACGGGGACGACCAUUCACCCGACACUUAAGGUAUGAACAAGUCCUUUUACCCUGUGUGGGAGGAACAGAAUGACAUACUCUCAUUUACUGUGCGUGGGCCUAUUUAUUUUACCCUAGUGUGCCUGCCUAAAGUAGGGCACGGAGCCUUUCCAGUAACUGUCCAGAUAUAAGGCUCUGUAGGUUGGGACUUAUGGGAGAGAGAGAAGCCCAACAAGAAUUUACAUUUAGAGUCUGAGCAGGUCCACAUAAAUCCAGUCCUCCCACAGUCCUAAAUGGGUCUUUUUCUGUUGCUGGUAACAGGUGGGCGGUGGAAAACUGCAUAUUAAUCAGCCAAUUAAAACACAUAUGCAUAUAAAAUAGGUGACUUCAUCUACUGAGAAGAGAGGGGGGCACACAGUCUCCCCCACGCAGUGAGACAAUAGGUCAUGUUUUCUGGUGUGACCUGAAUUUCGAUUGACAAGGGCUCGUUUCAUAAGAAAUCAAAGGUAGAUGUGGGAGUGGAGGACAGGUAUGAGGUUUUGUGGGGCUCCCUGUGGCUGAUUUUAGGGUAGGAUUCACCAGUCCCAGUCUCUUUAGUAAGAGGGCGUCUGUUAUGGUAGCUUUAAAGACAGGUAGGUCACCAUGAGCUCAGACUUAGAUCUUAAUUAUCCCAGACGAAUGGCCGGUAAUUGUGGUGGACUAAUGGCCUGUUUCACCGGUAAGACUAGGCGCUUAUAAUUGUGUCCAGUAUAUUGUGCAACAACCUGCAACCACGCUCCAGAUCUGAACUCCCCUCAGGCAGCUGGUUGCUGCUGCACAGACCUUGCUGCAACCAGCUGAAGGGCUGCAGGGAGGCUCUGGUGCCUAAUAACACAUGCAGAUUCAUUUUCCCUCUCUGCAACACUGCUGCUGAUCCUCCACAAAGAAACAGGUGUCACCUUUAAGUGCAUCUGUGAAGGAAAUCUCCUGAUAUCAGAUGCUGAACUUCAACCACUGGUCCCUUUUUUCUGCUCAGAGCAAGCAGCUGAAUAACACGGAUCGACCUGGACUAUAUUAUAGCAGCAAACUUCAGAGAAGGGCCUAUAAUCACUGAACUCACACCUGCUGGACUAAGAUGCAGAGAUCAGGUGUCCUCAGGCCUUUCUUUAUCAAAAACACAGUUAUGUUUGUGCUGAUUGUUAAAAUUCUCUGAGCACUUAUAUCACAGUGUGCAGUCACUAUAGUAAGAAGAAGAAGAACUUUAUUGAUCCCCGAAGGGAAAUUCAGUUGUCUUUAACCCUCCUCCUGUGUUGGGGUCUGCAGCGACACGUUUUUGACUUUAAAUGCUUAAAAGAACCACUUAAAUUUGCUUUUUUGCAUCAAGACUUCAUGACUUUGUCAAUAAAAAUCAAAAAAAUAAAUUGACUUAAUUAUAAAAUGGUCUUAUUAAAAUUAUGGCACUUGUCAUUUUAGGGUUGCUGUUGACCCGGUUAGAUCAAUAUCUAAUAAUUAGAGCAAAAGCUAAAAUUAUAUGUGCUCUGUCAGAUACCACACUUACAGUCAGAUCCUCUUUCAAUCAUGUGAGAUUUAGGAAAUUCUCAUUUUGCCAUGUUUUUCCCUGCACUAAAAACAACGUCGGGCAUGUCCAGACAUGUAAGAUCAAUUCAGCAUAGAUGUCUGUGUGAGGGGAAUACUGACAAAGAAAGGCCUAGAGGACCACAAUGAAAACUAUUACAAGCAAUAUUUUCAUGGAUAAUGAAGCCUAACAAAGUAACCUAGAGAUGAGAACCAAAUUGGAUAAUAGAGAAUUGUUUUUAGUGUAAUUUACAGCUGAUUUAAGACACGGGUCAAAACCAACCCUUAACAUAGUGGGUGCAUAGUAAAAGCUAACAGAAGAGGAAGGUUAGUCUUAUUUGUCAUGUCUCUAAAAGUCAUCUACUAUUUACAGAAGAGUUAUAAAGUCUGUUGGUACAAAAGAUCUUCUGAAUCUUUCUGUCCUGCAGUGUAGAGAGAGGAGCCGUCCACCACCAUUUGCCCUUUGGUCCAUUAAGGUGUUGUGAAGUGGGUGAUCCAUGUUCUUUAGAAUAGACUCCACCUUCCUCAGUGUAGAUCUCUCCACCACAUCCUCCACUGAGUCCAGCUUGAAUCCAACCACAGAGCCAGCCUUUUUCACCAGUUUGUUAAGACGUCUUGCAUCUUUGUAAGAUGUCUUAAGUCAGGGUUCUUUGAGGGGGCAUACAGAACCAAGACUCCAACAGCAGUUGAUGGACUCUGGGUUCUAGUUCAUUGACAAAAUCAUCACAGAUUCAAACAUUUAUUUGGUGUUGUUCUAAGUUUUCCUUCCUGCGUCAUUGCGUCUAGGUUUUACAAAAUGGAGAUUUACACAGAGAGAGAGUAACUAGCAUUAUUACAGUAGAUCUGAAGAAAUAGUUCAACCUCCUCUCACCUUUGACCUUUUGCUUCUCUGUCGCAGGUUGCAAGAUCAAAGCGCUCCGGGGAAAGACCAACACCUAUAUCAAGACCCCAGUUCGAGGAGAGGAACCAGUGUUUGUGGUGACAGGCAGGAGGGAGGAUGUGGCGAUGGCCAGGAGGGAGAUCAUCUCUGCUGCUGAGCACUUCUCCAUGAUCAGAGCCUCCAGGAACAAAAACACCACCUUGAACAGAAGCGGAACUCCAAACCCUGGACCACCAAACCUUCCUGGACAGACCACCAUCCAGGUUCGGGUGCCCUACCGUGUGGUGGGACUGGUCGUUGGCCCAAAGGGUGCCACAAUCAAGCGCAUCCAGCAGCAGACCCACACUUACAUUGUGACACCCUGUCGAGACAAAGAGCCAGUGUUCGAGGUGACGGGGAUGCCGGAGAAUGUUGACAGAGCAAGAGAAGAAAUUGAGGCCCACAUUGCCACGAGGACAGGCGGCCUGAUUGAGCUACAAGAAGACAAUGACUUCCAUGCAAAUGGGACAGAUGUUGGAACUGAUCUGCUUGGUCAUGUCAACAUGUGGUCCAAGCUCAACACUGGAAUGACCUCCACCUCUGUACAUAAACCCUUCUCCAACUACCGCAAUGACUCCUCCUCCUCCCUGGGCAGUGCCUCCUCUGACUCCUACUUUGGUAACAACAGUGGGUUCAUGGCCGACUGCAGCCCCCCCAGCCCUUCACCGAGUUACACCACCUCGAACAACAACAGCAACAACAACAACAACAAUAACAACAACAGCGGUAAUGACAACACCAACAGCAAUGUGCUGGUUUACAGAAGUGAAGCCAUUUCACCUGCCAGCACGGACCACACUUUUGACUCCUCACAAGGACUGGACUCCACACCACCCCCAGUGGGCCUCCUGUGGUCCCAGUAUGAUAGUCUCAUGACCCCUUGCCCCACUGGAGGCAGCUCUCCCUCCUCCACCUCGGACAUGUUCCCCUCUAACGUGACCAUGAAUGCCAAUGGGAUGACGGUCAAUCAGAAAAGGGUCAAUGGUUGUACCCCUCAGCUCAGACUUUCCCCGCCCCUCCACAGCCACACUGGAGGCCCCAUCGAGCACCCACUAGCCCGCAGGGUGUACAGUGACCCAGGAGGAGGCCCCCUCACUUUCAACAGUUACCCCAGCACCAUUGCCUCCCUGCCAGGCUCUUACCUCCACAGGGUUGCAUGCAACUCCUCUUCUUCCUCCUCCUCCUCCUCCUCUUCCUCCUCCUCCGCCUCAUCCAGCACCAGCCGGAAAGGCAGCCGUGAUUGUUCAGUGUGCUUUGAGAGCGAGGUCAUCGCAGCCCUGGUUCCCUGUGGGCACAACCUCUUCUGUAUGGAAUGUGCCAAUCGCAUCUGCGAGAGGAUUGAGCCCGAGUGCCCGGUCUGCCACACUGGUGUCACUCAGGCGAUACGUAUAUUUUCAUGAGAACUGCAACUCUUGUUGCACCAGAUCAUUGAUACCCAAAUUUUUGCACUUUUAAAAGGCUGAACUAAGCUUCAAUUUGGCAUGUACAUACAAACGAAAGAGGAUGCAGUGUCAGGAAGAGGGAGCAGGGCGCCGUCUUUGGGUACGCUGCAGCCUGGGAAAUAUUUCUAUCAUGUGCAUGUUCAUAUAGCGUAUUAACCAAGAGUUCUAGUAAACUGUACCCUUUAUUUAUGAACCGAACCUAGCAGUGUCAAGGUGAAUGUACCAGGGUCAAACUGUAGACUGUUAGUAGGCUGAGCCAUCAUGUGUUAACGGUUGAAUGUAGAGUGGGAAGACCACGGCUGGGAAACUUUUACGGCUCCAGUAAGCAGACGAACAAAGAUUCUGCUGCUCGGGGUUAAAAAUCACAGGAGAAGGAACAACAACAACAUAUCCGAUGUUUAAAUGUGAAUAACUAAUUUCUGCAAGUUGAUAUUGAUACAGAUAAGAAUAUUUUGUUCUUUUUUUCCACUUCAAAGAUUAUAUUUCCUAUGGCGAAGAUGUUUACAGAUCUCAUGAUUUUAGUUCAGUGAACUUUUUAUAGCCAGAUUGAGUCUUUCUUUUAUUUUGUGGCCUUAUGGCAGUGUUUACCACAUACCACAAAUUGUGCAUUGCAUUUGACACUAUUUCAUAGGGAUGGAGUCGUAAAGGUUUGGCAAACAUUUCCACAGAGCUUAUUUUUACUUCGCAGUAAAAUAUUGUGAAGUUGUCGGAUGGUGAAAAAUGAAAUGUACUGAACUUAGUAAGUUGAACUCAAAGAAACGCUGUCUAUGCUGUCUUAAAUUUGUACAAACUAGAGUCCAGUGGGGUUAAGGCUUCUGUUGUACCACUGUAGUUUUAAGUAUUUCUAUUUUAAUACAUUUGUUUACCACUUGUUUAUGUAUAUGCUGGGGCAUUUCCUUGAGCAUAAAUGAAAUUUAUUAGGCAAAUUUUAAGAGAAGAUACUUUAUUUUAUGAUGAAGGGCCAUUCACCUCAUGGUCAGAUAUUAUAGUUAUAUUUGCUGAAACCAGAUUUGAAAUGUAUGUAUUAAGAGAUUUAUUUUUCUGGCAUUUUGAAUUAGAAAUGAGAAAAUGUAAACUUUACUUAACGGUGCUAUUUUACAUUUUUUUAAGUAUUUAAUUACAAGUCCAAUAAAAAGGUAUGUUCAGGAGAGUCUGUUUGUGAUGGAGUUUGUGACCUUUUGUCUUCUGCUCUACAUCUGAUCAGAGACAUGAGCUGGAGGAGUCUGUUAAAAAGACUUCAUAUUUGUGUGUAAUAGUUGUUUUUAUAUAUACACAUGUAUACAUGAUAACAUAUGUAUGUGUGAAGUAGGCUUAUUCAGUUUGAAUUUUCCCCAAGCAGAUGUGUUUCCCAGAUUACACAAGUACAAUAAAACUUCAACCAUGAUGUUAGAGACCAUGAUCCUAUUAGAGAGGAGGAAACUCACACCUGCACUUCCCCGCAAUGUAAAAUACCAAAAGAACAGUUUUCAGGAGGAUGCUAGGAUUUGGUUUGUCCGAAUGAAGGUCUUGAUCCCUAGUGACUUACAAAGAGCUAAAAAAUAAUAAUUUUCAUCAAAGGUGUCAAAUGCAGGAUAAUGAGUAGUCAGAGGCCAAGCUAUGGUCAUGAGGUCUACACAAGACCAUGGACAGAAGCUCAUGAUUAUUUUCAGAGUGGGUUUGAAUUCCUGUCACCUUCCUAAUGACUAUGAAGGAAGAGGGUAAUGAUUCAGCACCUGAGAAAAGCCAACAGUGAAGGAAAGGCACUGCUGUGAAAAUCAUACAUGGAUUGGCCAGCAGAGGGCAAUAUGGCAUCCCCUGUCUUAUCACAUUUGACACUUAUUUUCAAAAUGAAAACACAUCUGAGGACCUGAGCUUUUAAAAAAACAUGUAGCUCUCAGUCACAUCUGCUUUUCCUCCUC